AUGUGGAUCGGACAGGGAAGGAGGGAGAUCUACAAGACACUCGACUGGAAAGAGGGAGAAAAGGAUGACAAUACUAAGAUCCUUAAUAAGUUUGAGGAAUACGUGAGCCCGAAGAAAAACAAAAGGAUCGCACAUUCGAGUGACAUUCUAAUCGAUCUCAUAAUAAACGGUGUCAGGCAACCCAAUGUGCAAGAACGAUUGUUAAACAAAGGCAAAGACUUGACUCUCAAUGAUGCCAUUGACAUUGGACAGCAAUUUGAACUCGCACAGACACAACUCAAACUCAUGCGUGGGGAAGAGGUUCUCCAGGUCAAAUCCAAGACCCACAGUCCCAAACUAAAGUUUAAAUCCAAGGCCAAGCCUUGGACCAAAGGGAAACCAUCAGCCAACAAACCAAAGAAAUUCAACUGCACUAGGUGUGGCAAGCUGCAUGAGACGGGCAGUUGUCCUGCUAAGGGUACUACAUGUAGUUACUGUCACCUGCAAGACCAUUGGGCAAAAGUAUGUAGAAAAAGACUUGGGCAGAAAAAAGUGUAUGUGGUACAAGGUACAGAUUCCGAUCACGACACAGAUUCUGAUCACGACACGGAAGACGCACUGUACAUAGACGUAUGUACUGACGUAGGCACCGCCGUAAUCAGUGACAAAUGGGACACAGAGCUAGUGAUCCAAGGUAAAAACAUACAAUUUAGAAUAGACACUGGUGCAAAAUGCAACAUUAUAACCAAAAAUGCACUCAAUGACCUGCCAGUCAAACAUAUGCUGGGCAGAUCAGCAAGAACAUUUAAGUCGUUUACCAACCACAUUAUCAAACCAGUUGGAACAGCAGACAUGCAAGUGCGUCACAAAGGAGCCAGGCACCAGAUUCAAUUUGAAGUCGUUGACAUUAACAAUGAAAAUAUUCUAAAUGGUAACACGGCUGAACAAAUAGGCUUAAUACAACGUACUCUAGGAAUUCAAGAAACUCAAGUUCCGCAACCUGAUCGUGAACUAUUUCGCGAGUUUCCCGAACUUGUCAAAACAACAGGUACUUUACUAGGGGAGUAUAGUAUUGAGAUUGACGAAUCAAUCUCAGGAGUUGUGAAACCGGUGCGCAAACUUCCGGCUGCGAUUAAGUCAAAAGCCAUAGAGGCACUACGCGAAAUGGAGCAAAACGAGUAUAUCACGCGAGUGGACGAGCCUACAGAAUUGGUAAGCUCAAUGUUAGUUUCGCUCAGGAAGGACAAAGUCAGGAUUUGCUUGGAUCCUAAAGAUCUGAACAAAGCGGUAAAACGAGCCCAUCACCCUAUGAAAACAGUUGAGCAAGUGGUACAAAACAUUCCAGGCCCAAAAGUGUUUUCGGUGCUCGACGCGAAAUCUGGCUUCCUGCAAAUUAAGCUCGACCAGAAGUCCUCUUACCUAACGACUUUCAACACACCUUUAGGCAGAUUUCGAUGGUUACGUCUACCAUUCGGUAUCAAGUGUGCUCCAGAAAUAUAUCCGAAAAUCAUGGAUCAGAUGAUUACGGGAAUCGAUGGAGCUUUCCCGAUUAUAGAUGACAUACUCAUAGCGGGAAAAGAUGUAACAGAGCAUGAAUGCAGCAGCAGCCGUGUGUUAUGUUUUCUGUCUGACCUCAACAGUAGAGAUAGUUUUGCCUCAGACUAA